UUCGACUCGUCUCUACUCAGCUCUCCGUAGUAGUACUACUACUACACUCUCCCACUCUUUCCGCCAUUAAAAUGACCCAAAUCAAGGAAUUCAUGGCGGAGAAAAUGGAAUCCGGAAAACACAUUCACGUCUCCAAGAAAAGCAAGAAGCUGUUCUUGGCUCUUUUCGCAACCUUAUUGAUAGUAGCUACAAUUGUUGGCGUUGUCGCCGGAGUUAACUCCCGGAAGAACUCCGGCAACAACCAACUCUCCGCCGCCUCCCAUGCCGUACUUAAAAGCUCGUGUAGCAGCACAUUGUACCCCGAUUUAUGCUACUCAGCUAUCGCCAACGCCCCCGGAGCCGGCGCCAAAUUGGCCAGCCAAAAGGACGUCAUAGAAAAGUCCUUGAAUCUCACAACCGAAGCCGUUGAGCACAACUACUUCGCCGUCAAGAAGCUGAUCAAAACCAGAAAGAAUCUCACCAAGCGCGAGAAGACGGCUCUCCAUGAUUGCCUGGAGACCAUUGACGAAACCCUCGAUGAGCUCCACGAGGCGGUGGAAGAUCUCCAUCUGUACCCCAACAAGAAGUCGUUGUCCCUCCACGCUGACGACCUCAAAACACUAAUCAGCUCUGCAAUUACCAACCAAGAGACUUGCCUGGACGGGUUCUCGCACGACGACGCCGACAAGCACGUGCGGGAGGUGUUGCUGGCGGGCGAGGAGCACGUGGAACGCAUGUGUAGCAAUGCGCUGGCGAUGAUCAAGAACAUGACCGACACCGACAUAGCCAACGAAAGAAUGACGCUGAACCGGAAGCUGAAGGAGGACGUGGAUGCGGACGUGGACGGAACAAAAUGGCCGGAGUGGUUGUCGGUUGCGGACAGGCGGCUGUUGCAGUCUUCCUCCGUGACGCCGAACGUUGUCGUAGCGGCGGAUGGAAGUGGCGACCACAAAACUGUGUCGGCGGCAGUGGCGGCUGCGCCGGAAAAUAGUAAAACGAGGUACGUAAUUCGGAUCAAGGCGGGCGUGUACAGGGAAAACGUUGAUGUGCCGAAGAAGAAGAAGAACAUCAUGUUUUUGGGAGAUGGGAGAACAUCCACCAUCAUCACAGCAAGCAGGAAUGUGGUUGAUGGCAGCACCACCUUCAAUUCCGCCACAGUCGCGGCGGUUGGCGAAGGAUUUUUGGCCCGGGACAUAACCUUCCAAAACUCAGCUGGUCCCUCAAAGCACCAAGCGGUAGCUCUCCGGGUCGGGGCGGACCUCUCGGCAUUUUACCGUUGCGAUGUGCUUGCAUACCAAGACAGCCUUUACGUGCACUCCAACCGCCAGUUUUACGUGGGCUGCCUGGUUGCAGGCACCGUAGAUUUCAUCUUUGGAAACGCCGCUGCCGUGCUGCAAGACUGUGACAUCCAUGCACGACGCCCGAAUGCGGGUCAAAAGAACAUGGUCACAGCCCAAGGCCGAACCGACCCGAACCAAAACACCGGAAUCGUAAUCCAUAAAUGCAGAAUCGGAGCCACAUCUGAUUUGCUGCCCGUGCAGAGUAGCUUUCCGACGUAUCUUGGCCGACCCUGGAAGGAAUAUUCCAGGACCGUUAUUUUGCAGUCGUCGAUAAGUGACGUAAUUGUCCCCGCCGGAUGGCACGAGUGGGAUGGGACUUUUGCGCUUGACACAUUGUUCUAUGGGGAAUAUCAGAACACCGGCGCCGGCGCUGGAACCUCAGGCAGGGUGAGCUGGAAGGGGUUCAAGGUGAUCACUAGCGCUUCUGAGGCUCAAGCUUAUACUCCCGGGAAUUUCAUUGCCGGCAGUAGUUGGUUGGGUUCUACUGGUUUUCCAUUUUCUCUUGGUCUUUAAAAAGCAUAUAACAACGUUGUCAAUAAUGCUCUGUGGAAGCAUUGGUCGGUUGGAAGUCUUGUGCGGCAUUGCUUGCUAAAGACGGCUAAUUAUUUGAUAUAUAAGAUGAGCAUGUGAUAUUUGUGAAUGUCUGUUUAGCAUGGAUUGUCAUCAUCAUUAGAAUUAAUGUUUGUGAGUUUUCAAAGAGAAGUGAAUGCAUUGCCGUUUUUCUGUCU